AUGAAUCGACACAGUUUUAACGCUAAUAUACGUCUUGAUUAUGAUGAAAAUAAAGUUAAUCUUUAUCCUGUUGAUCAAAGAAAAGAAGAUUAUGUACAAACUGAAUUACGUCGUUUAAGAGAAAAUCUUCAUAAUGAAUCAGUAGACGUCAUCCGUAAAGGAUAUUUAGAAAAAAGUAAAAUUUUUAAUCCCUUUUCUGCCCCAUGUGUUUAA